AUGGCGGAGCGCGGGUGUGGGCUAGGAGUGGCGGCCGAGCCGUAUUGGGUGCCGCCCGAUCAUUCUCUAUGGGCGGGCAGCCGGUGCGGCUUGGUCGCAAUAACAUGGAGGCAGACGGACGAGCCUGUUGCCUGUUCCCGGGUGGGGGCAGGUGACGGGUUUGUCAUCGUCAAAUGGGGUCGAGUCCACGUUGUGGGGGUAUAUAUUUCCCCCAACGUGAAUGUAGCCACAUUCGAGGGGACACUCGCAAACCUAAAGGCGAGCCUGACAGGGAUCCUGCCCGCGCAGCAAAUCCUGGUGGCCGGGGAUUUCAACGCCAAAUCGGCGUUGUGGGGCUCCCCGGUCACGGACGCGUGGGGCGGGAUCCUAGAGAAUUGGGCGGUGGGCCUGGGACUGAUCGUUCUCAACAGAAGCACGGUCCAGACCUGCGUGAGGCAUCGCGGGGGCUCUAUAGUGGAUCUCACGUGGGCGUCCCCCGCCAUUGCACGCAGGGUCGAGGGAUGGAGGGUGGCCGAGGAGAUUGAAACGCUCUCCGACCAUUUGUUCGUGGAGAUGAGUCUCCCGGUCGCCCUCCCGGAGGUCCGGGCCCGCCGCAUAGAGGCGGAGAACCGCUUCCCGAGGUGGGCCCACAGGACGAUUGAUGGAGACAUGCUGAGGGCCUCCGUCAAUACUUCGCUGUGGGUAGACGACUUCUUCGUCAACGUCGAGGAGAAGAACGUGGAUGAGAUAGCCGCGAGGAUCGGGGCAAUCAUGAAAGACGCGUGCGACGCGAGCAUGCCCCGAUCCCGGCCUCGUCCGCGCAAAGCGGCUUAUUGGUGGACGGAGAUCGCGGAACUCAGGCGCUCCUCCGUCCACGCAAGACGCGAAUGGUUGCGUGCCAGACGGACGCAAGACACGCAACCGAGGCGUAUGGAAGAGGCGGGAAUAGAGUAUCGCUCCGCCAGGCGGCUCUAUUCCCAGGCGAUUAGACGGGCCAAGGACAGGGCCUGGCAGGAGCUCCUGUUAGAUCUGGACCGGGAUCCGUGGGGGCGCCCCUAUCGUAUGGUCCUCAACAAACUGAGGACCUGGGCGCCCCCAGUAACGGAGUCCAUGGCACCCGAGUUCUUGGAGGAAGUCGUUGACGCCCUCUUUCCCGACGACCCCGGGGAGAGGACGGGCGGCGGUCCCGCUCCCCCUGUAGUGGGACGAGGAACUCGAGGUGACCAUGGGCGAGAUGAAAAAGGCGGCCAAACGGCUGAAAGCCGGAAAGGCCCCCGGUCCGGAUGGAGUUCCUGGCACAGCGUGGUCCUUGGCCACGGGGGAACUGGCCGAACACCUGAGGCGCCUAUACACCGAGUGCCUCAGGACGGGCCGGUUUCCCCGCGCCUGGAAGGUUUCGCGAUUGGUCCUCUUCCCCAAACCGGAGAAGCCCGCCGACCAGCCGUCGGCAUACAGGCCAAUCUGCCUGCUGGACGAGGUCGGCAAGCUCUUCGGAUAAUUGCCGACCGAAUCGCCCAGCAUUUGUCCCGGAGGGGGCCUGAUUUGUCUCAGGCCCAAUACGGCUUUCGAGAGGGCAGGUCGACGAUCGACGCAAUCAAGCGGAUCGAGGCCCUCUCGAAGGCCGCGGCGGAGGGCUGGCAGGGUGGUGCUUGGCACCAGUUUCGACAUUGCCAAUGCAUUUAA